CUACCUCUGAUACCACUGAAUUCUUUCCCCAUCUUUUCAUGGGUCUCCGAGUCUAAUUUUGAAGUUUCCCUGCCCCCCCCCCCAAGUCAUUCCUUAGCGACGAGUUGAAGACCAAACCUCCUUCUCCUUACUACUUCAAAAUUAAAAUAGUCCGCGCGCCCAGGUUCCACAGAGGUGGGGGGCGGUCAUCAUUCAUGACGAACACAGAAUGUUGUGUACCACCUCCCCUUCUGGUGGAACAUCUAGAAGAGAAGGAGGCUAUAAAAUCGUCAAAGGACAAGUAUCAAGAACUUACGUUGGAGUUUGCGAGUGUGAAAGUGGAGUUUUGUGAUUUGGAUGGGAUGGAAUGGAAAAAGCAAAAGCAGUGUGGUCGUUUGGUGAAUAGGAAUGGGAACGGAGACUCACAGAAUCGUAACUCGUCGUUUCCACAUAAAAAGGGGCAUAACAAAAUAAAGAAGGGGACCAGUGUAUUGGCAACGAGGUCCAAGGUCGAAAGGUCCGAGACAGAAAACGGUGCCGACGACCACCACUCGCACGAGGACGAGGACUUUACUGAGUCCAUCCAAUACACCGGCGGAACCUCUCUCUUCCGCUCUGGUUCCUCAAGUUUUGUCAACACAUUCGAAACUAGCGACCCGCCGGGCACUCUCCCCCGGAUACUAGAAUUCGAAGUUGACGAUGACGACCUCCGAGUCAAAACACCAACACCAACACCAACACCAACACCAACACCUCGUCCUCUUCCUGCGGGCCGGGUUCCAGAAACUUCAACCUCAACCUCGUAUUUUUGACGACAUUGGAUUAAAGGCCUAUGGUACCGGUACUGGUGGUUUCAUACCACCGAUCAGGCUCAGGAACCUAGGUCUUACCACGUGCACCCCUGUUCCGGGGCCCAGCCAUAAGAUUCUUCGUGGCUUUUUCCGGACCGGGAUACAGCCUUCAACGUUUUCACUGUUUCGACCGUUUCAGCGCUUCAGCGUCCCUUCUCCCUUCUCCCUAUUCUUUUGAUUAUAACGCAUAUUGUGGAGUUUAUGAUGAGGAGGGAGGGGAGUCCAAAUAGCUUAUAUAUAUAAUAAAUGUAGAACGAAUGCGAGCGGC